UAGAGGUUGAAUACGUCGUAUAGGCGGUAUAUUUCCGUAGUAGAUCAGGGGGUUCAGGCAUGGCUUCAGCCUUGCUUUCCAGGCCCAUCUCCGAAGCUGUGGGGUGCCUUCGCUCUCGGCAUCGAUUGGUAGCCUCACCGUGUAGACACAUCGAAACUUCACUUCACCACUCCAUGAAGGCACGAUAUAACUCCGCUCCCGACCACGACCUCACAGUAUUGGGGGAAAUAGUCCACGUUGCUCUCAGCUGCACAUUUCAUCGCUGCUUGGGUCGUCUGCGAACAACGUGGUGGAUUCAUGUCCCAAGACGAAUUGACACCAAAAUCUGCCUCCUCAUGACAGCUGGCUCUAUGCGUGAAGAACAUGGCCGCUCAUGAUCCCGCCGGCGCAACAUCAACAUAUAUUGAUUUCGACUAUAUAGCCUCCGACGACUUCUCGCCUUACUACCAUGCCAACAAUCUCGUUCUUGCAACGAACAACCCAUCGGAUCCCUCCAUAGACCUCACAACACCCUUGUCGCGAGUACUCUUUGACCUCCAGGAGAUAGAUUCUCAUAUCCAUACACUAACAUCGCGUUCCGCCCUCGACAUUCUCAGUUACACGUCUACUCAGAAUGCGGCCGCUCAGCGUAUACUGGCCCGGGUGGACGAAGAACGUGCUCGCGUCUCCACCAGCUACGAGCGUCUGGAGAAGGAGGUCCUUGUCCGCCAUCAGCGAGCCGUGGAGGCAAAGACUACUGCCCAACGGAGCUUGGAAGUGAUGCGUCUUGGACGUAGUGUGCAGAGGAUCUUGAACGUGGCGAGGCAAUUUGAGAUGGUGCUCGCCGAAUCAGGUCUGGGAAGUGGUGCAAGACCGGGGAAAGAAGACCAUGGCGCGCUCGUCCGCGCCAGUCUUUCAAUCCUAGCAUUCCGCGAUGCCAUCAGUGGUAAGGAAGGUGCUCAAUUAGGGCGAGUAAAUGUCGUCAAGUCGUUACGUGGAAGAGUAUUCGAAGAUGGAGAAGCAAGGAUACUGGACUCCGCUCGACGAGUGGUGCGCGAAUUCUCAAUGACCACACUUGCCGCAGGACCUGCAACUAGUGGAACAACUUCAGGUCCUACAUUUCGCGAAGCAGAGGAUAGCCGUCAACGAUUCACGAGUGCCGUUCACAUCUUAUACCUUCUUUCUCCCUCACCAAGGAUUGAUGGCGAGAAGAUGCUGCAGAAAGAUUUCGAGCCCGAGUAUCUACUACGGGCACUACAGGGUUAUCUGCAAACUGCCAUCACGUCCAGCUCUGCUGCGAUUGGCAGAGCAUUGGGCCAGCUGCCGAUGCUGGACAGGGCGUUGUUGGAAGCCAGUGCGAGAUGUCAAAAUGUGAUUGCUUUGGAGGCUCUGUUACGUGGGAUACACGCUCCUGAUCACCCUCUGCUUCGGUAUGAGAAGGGUCGCGGUGGUAUUGAGGAAGCUGUGACUGAAGCCGACCUGGACUUUAACGAAGACGAUGACGUCGCAGUUCUCGGUAACAAGACGCCAAAAGCAGAAACCUUUCUCUCUCUACUUCUAAGUGCGCUCGAUACAGCAUCUCUGCCCUCCUAUUUCUGGCGCUCCCUAGCCUCAUCUCUGUCAUCUCGGGUAACCGAGAUACUCAACCGAGGUGGAAUUUCGGCUCGCACGCUUCGCAGCCAGCGGGACGUGGUGCGGGUGGAGAUACGGGAGUGCGUCUUGCGAGGAUCGAGGCUGCCGAGGACGGUUACCUUGAGAAAUUCCAAAGCCUCCUCCAAUGGAGAGGAGCCUGUUGAGAACUGGGAAAGAGAAGCCGCCGUCAUGGUCGGCAGUGUUAUUGGCUUACUCGGACGGUAGCGUUGUAUCCAAUGUCUGUGUGGUCAUACCCUCUGCGAAGAGCCGCAUUGUACAUAUAGUCACUAGUGGUUCCGACAGUUCCACAAGCAAGACCGAGAGUUGAGUGAAGAGCUUGUAU